AUGGGGUGGAAUCCGACAGUCCUCCCACCCUCAGACUUGGCCCUGGGCUACAACAUAGUGCAGCUCAUUGUGGAUUCCACUCCUGUGGUUCUUCCCUUUGGGGGGCUGACUAGCGGAAGCAAAGCACGGAACUUCUCAGACCUGCCCUGGUCAAUGAUGUCCGCUGUCAAUGACACCACAUUCACACAUGCCGUGUUCCUCCUCACAGGGCUACCUGGGCAGGAAGACUUCCAUCUCUGGAUCUCUAUCGCCUUCUGUUUACUAUAUGUUAUUUCUAUCGUAGGAAAUUCAGUCAUUCUGUUUAUUGUAAUAAAAGAUCCAAGCCUCCACGAGCCCAUGUACAUUUUCCUUUCAUUGUUGGCCCUCACAGACCUUAGCUUAUCGAUAACCACCAUGCCAACGAUACUGGGCAUAUACGUGUUUAACGCUAAGGAGAUCACCCUGGAUGUCUGUUUGGCCCAGCUGUUCUUCAUCCACACGCUUCAGUGCAUUGAAUCCUCUGUGCUCUUGCUGAUGGCCUUCGACCGCUUCAUCGCCAUCUGUAUCCCACUGAGGUACACAUCCAUCUUAACCCUCCCGAGAACCCUGCUGAUGGGACUAGUGUCUGUGCUGAGAGCGGUGGCCUCUAUGUUUCCACUCCCACUUCUCCUGAAACGGUACCGAUACUGCCGAUCCAAUGUCCUCUCCCAUUCCUACUGCCUGCACCAGGAUGUCAUGAAAGUGGCCUGUUCAGAUAUUGCAGUCAACUACGUCUAUGGCAUGUUUACCACCCUCUCCACGGUGGGUUUGGACUCGUUGCUCAUCCUCCUCUCUUAUGUGAUGAUCCUCAAAACAGCGCUGAGUGUGGUGUCCCACGGGAAGUGUCUCCGGGCUCUGAACACCUGUGUCUCCCACAUCUGCGCCGUCCUGCUCUUCUACAUUGCCGAGAUCAGCCUUGCCAUUAUACACAGAUACGUGAAGGGCUCUUCUCACUUGCUUGCAGUUCUCGUGGGCUAUGUUUCUCUGCUCGUUCCACCCCUAAUGAACCCCAUCAUAUACAGCAUCAAAAGCAAACACCUUCGUGCAAGGAUCAUCAGGGUGUUUGUCAAAUGA